CAAUGUUGCCGCACUGUGAGAUAGGUCGGUGUUCUUAAUUUUAAGCGCUUCCCUGCACAGAAUAAGUACGAGAGGCAAAGGACAAGGAGCAGAUCUAAAGGCGAUUUAUGAGAGUUUCUUUUGGAGGGAAGCAUCGAAAGAGAAGAGAAGCCACUUCUUCGUUAAUUUCUGAGCGUUUGUUUCAGAAUCCCUUACUGGCGCUGAUAAAUUCUAUUCACGUACGAGCUGCUGUUGUUUGUGGGUUAUUUUGUGGAAAACAUCAAAAGUGAUUCUUCUUGUCAUCAUUUGGAGUGAAAUCUAUGCUAUUUGGAGAUGGCUCAUAAUGAUACAAAAGGAGUAUAUGUACAAAGGAUUUCAAUAUCUUGGCUUGACAAGGCAUAGUGAUGGAUUCUGAUGAUUGCCUUCCUGUGUAAAUCAGAGAUCAGUGAGCUCUGGUGAUCCAAGACAGACAAGUUCCAGACGAUGACAAGCGGGAAAAGAAGAAGGACAAAUACAUGGAAGAAUUUGUCAAGGAGCAGAAAAAGUUACAUAGAGAAUAAAGAAAGCGUGGGAGAGAAAGAAUAAAGGAAAGGGAAGGAUACGAAAUGGAAUUGAAGGGUGAAAGCGACAUGCAUGGAUUGUUUUAGUGGAGGGAGGCAAGCGACCAAAUCUUGGAGAAAUAAGAGAAAAGAGACCGUUGUUAGAUACAGAAGAGAAAGAAGACAUGGGAAGAUCUCCUUGCUGCGAUGACACUGGUCUGAAGAAAGGGCCUUGGACCCCUGAGGAAGACGAGAAACUCAUCAAAUACAUCCAGAAACAUGGCCUCAGCAGCUGGAGAGCUCUUCCAAAGCUCGCAGGUCUUAACCGGUGCGGGAAGAGCUGCAGGCUUCGAUGGACAAAUUACUUGAGGCCUGACAUCAAACGAGGCAAGUUUUCUCCUGAAGAGGAACAGACUAUCCUGAACCUUCACGCAGUUCUUGGCAACAAGUGGUCAACCAUCGCAAGCCACAUACCAGGGAGAACAGACAAUGAGAUCAAAAAUUUCUGGAACACCCAUUUGAAGAAAAAGCUGAUUCAGAUGGGAUUCGACCCGAUGACUCAUAGACCUAGAACCGAUAUCUUCACAAGCUUGUCUCAGCUCAUGUCUCUGGCUAACAUGACAGGAUUUGCUGAUCCACAACUGCAGUAUCCAAUGGAACUUAUACCGAAACUCCAAACCGAGUUGGCCAAGCUCCAGUUCUUCCAGUACCUUGUUCAACCACCUUCCAUGAAUAACAUUAACCCUAAUGACCUAGACAUUCUUAGUCUCCUCAGCUCGGUUACUUCCAUCAAAGAAAACUCCGCCAUCACUAACCUGGAUCUUGGCUUGCUCAGUUCCUAUCUUCAGGACAUCAACAAUCUGCCAUCCCUAAGAACCCUAGACAUCAUCAAUCCUGAACCAUCACCCAAUCACAUGAAGCUCUUCAGCCAGAGAGAGAGCUUACCCAUUUCUCCAAUAUGGCUCCAUGACCCUUCGAACUUAUCUCAGACUCCAUUGCCAACUCUUGAUCCUUCUCAUGUGGCGGAGGAUCUUGUCAGAAACCCCUUUGUCAUGGAAGAUGUCGGAAGCAAUAUCACUGUCUCGACCUGUCAAGACUCGGCUCUUGCUGCCUCCACAGCCUGGCCUGACCAUCUCUUGGAUGACUCUCUAUUUCCUGACAUUCCUUGAUAUACAGUCCUAUAAGGUAUAUGUCUUUGGGGAGUGCAUGCUCUCUUCAUCAUCAUGUUUUUUUAGCAUAGCUUGUUCCUCUAAGCAUUUAUAUAUAUGUGUCGACUGAAAAUAUAUGCUCAUGUUUUUUACUGUGUACAAACAGGUUAUGGUUGUGUUCAUGCAUAACGUAAUGUUUGUGUGUGUGUGUGUGAGAGAGAGAGAGCUCCAGGCUGAUUUAUAUCAUUAGGGUUUUCUCUGAUCCUUGGUGGGAUUAUUUUUGUUUCUGUAUUUCGGCUAAACUGGAUUGCUAUUUCACAAAUG